GUAGAACAAGUGAAAUUACUGGAUAGGUUCAGCACAAGUAAUAAGUCAUUGACAGGAACUCUAUACCUCACAGCAACUCAUCUGUUAUUCAUAGAUUCAAGCCAGAGAGAAACAUGGAUACUACAUCACCAUAUUGCUGCGGUGGAAAAACUUCCCUUGACUACUUCUGGCUGUCCCCUUGUCAUCCAGUGCAAGAACUUCAGGAUAGUUCACUUUGUUGUUCCCAGAGAAAGAGAUUGUCAUGACAUUUAUAACUCUCUGCUUCAGCUGUCAAGAACAGCGAACUAUGAUGAACUGUAUGCGUUCUCCUAUAACCCAAAACAAAAUGAAUCGGAGCAAGUCAAAGGUUGGCAGCUUAUUGAUCUAGCAGAAGAAUAUAAGAGAAUGGGAGUGCCAAAUGCCAACUGGCAGUUGUCUGAUGCAAAUCGUGAGUAUAAGAUUUGUGAAACCUAUCCUAGAGAACUUUAUGUUCCCAGAACCGCAAGCAAGCCCAUAAUCGUUGGUAGCUCCAAGUUCAGAAGCAAAGGAAGAUUCCCAGUGUUGUCAUAUUACCAUAAAAUUAAAGAGGCUGCAAUUUGUAGAUGCAGUCAGCCUCUCUCGGGUUUCAGUGCCAGGUGCCUGGAAGAUGAGCACAUGUUACAAGCCAUCAGUAAAGCAAAUCCUUCAAAUCGCUUCAUGUAUGUCAUGGACACCAGGCCGAAGCUUAAUGCAAUGGCAAACAGAGCUGCUGGGAAGGGCUAUGAGAAUGAAGACAACUACUCUAAUAUCAGGUUCCAGUUUGUUGGCAUUGAAAAUAUUCAUGUAAUGAGAUCCAGCUUACAAAAACUUCUGGAAGUCAGCGGCACGAAGGGUUUGUCUGUCAAUGACUUUUUUUCUGGCUUGGAGAGUUCUGGAUGGCUGCGCCACAUUAAAGCUGUGUUGGAUGCCGCUGUCUUCCUGGUCAAGGCAGUAGCGGUCGAGAGCGUGAGUGUAUUGGUGCACUGCUCAGAUGGCUGGGAUAGGACUUCCCAAGUUUGUUCUCUGGGAGCUCUCUUACUGGAUUCCUAUUACAGAACUAUCAAAGGAUUCAUGGUCUUGAUAGAGAAAGACUGGAUCUCUUUUGGGCACAAGUUCUCUGACAGGUGUGGUCAGUUGGAUGGUGAUCCAAAAGAGAUCUCGCCAGUGUUCACCCAGUUCUUAGAAUGUGUGUGGAAUCUGACUGAGCAGUUUCCACAAGCCUUCGAGUACAAUGAAGCUUUCCUCCUUCAGAUCCAUGAACAUGUCCAUUCCUGCCAGUUUGGUAACUUCCUUGGAAACUGCCAAAAAGAGCGAGAAGAACUAAAAGUAAAGGAGAAGACAUAUUCCUUGUGGCCGUUCCUUCUGGAUGAACAAAAGAAAUACAAAAAUCCUUUGUAUAAUCCAGACUUUUCUCCAGAAUUAACUCUUUUGGAGCCUAAUACAGUAUCAUUCAAUUUCAAGUUUUGGAGAAAUAUGUACCAUCAGUUUGAUCGGAGUAUGCAUCCCAGGCAAUUUGUGCUCAAUCUUAUAAUGAAUAUGAGUGAAGAAAAUAAACAACUGGAGGAAGAAAUUAAAGACCUGGAAGCUAAAAUAAAAUGGAGAAAUGGGCAGUCAGAUGCCACCCUUGUGAAGGAACACCAGCAGCCUGUUCAUCCUGUACCCACUGCACUGAAAACUCCUCCGUGCUUCAAGAAGGAGCAGCCGCUGAUCCCGGUGAAUGACGCUGUAAGAACUAUAGAGGGCAGCAACCCAGCGGACAAUCGCUACACUGAAUUCGUGGAAGAGUUCUCGAAAGCUGAGCCCGCUGUUGUCAGCUUGGAGUACGGAGUGGCCAGGAUGACCUGCUAA